GCCGACGCUGUGGCGCGGGCGGAACGGCCCGCCGAAUUUGAGAAUCAUAGCACGAGGUACUAAGGUGGCGCUAAUGGCGCAGCCGCUCUCUGCUUAACCUUACCCAAGAUAUUUCACGACAAGUAGCCAUGGCAUGCACAGAAUGCAGACAACGCAAGUUAAGAUGCGAUGGACAACGGCCUCAAUGCAGCAAUUGUGAGCUGACCGGACUCAUGUGCCAAGUUAGCGUCCGUCAUGCCCGAGGCCCCAAGAAGGGCCACAUGGCAGCGUUGAAGAAGAAAAUCGCCGAAUUGGAGGGUCGUUUGGCAUCACAAGAUGCUGUCGAGGACGAGGAAAGCAUGAACUCAAUCCUGGACUUUCCCGGCGACCAGAACAUCCUUGAUUGGAACAACUUCCAUGAUGUACACUUGCAAACCGGCAACAAUACAUCAGUUGCUGAAACAGAAGCGUCGUUUUCAAACUUCGUAGCCACCACUGCGGCACAAAGUAUACCCGUCACCACCGCUUCGCUAACAAGCACACCCGUCACAUCCGCCGCUUCAGCUCCCAUGCCUGCCACGCCUGUCAUGUCAGUCUCGAUGGAGCCUGAGCAGUUGCAUACAUUAACCGGUUUCAUUCCAGCAGAAUUAGACCAGCUUUAUUUCGAGCGCAUCCACCCAGCGAUCCCGUUGUUGCACCAACGCAGCUACCUGUCUUGGUCCAAGAAAGACGUCAAGAAGAAGUCACAAAUAUGUGUCCAGCGCGCCAUGUGGGCCUUAGCCGCCCUCCAGUCGUCCCAGUAUCGAUACCUCCAAGAACAACUUUACCGAAGCUGUACACAGAUGUUGACCGCGAUUUGUUCAUCCAGCGCCGGCUACGAUCCUUUCGACAGGGAGCAGAUUCAAGCAUGGCUGCUGAUUACCAUCUACGAGCUGAUGCGUUCAUUCCAUAGGCAGGCUUGGAUGAGCGUCGGGCGUGCUUUCCGCCUCGUGCAACUACUACGACUUCACGAGCUCGAUAAUCCUUCACAUGCAGUUACCCCUGCACACGAGGGUUUCGUAGAAAAAGAAGAAGAGCGGCGGGCCUUCUGGUUGGCUUAUUUCCUUGACCAUUUGUUCGGAAUCAGCAGCAACUGGCCAAUCACACUGAACGAGCUCGUGGUUUGCACACGCCUGCCGGCAUUCGAGGAUGACUUCCAAAACGAGCGGCCAGUGCUCGGGAGUUUUCUGUCCGAAGCAAUCACCGAACAGCCGCGCUACCAGUCGCCAUUCAACGAAGCCAUCAUCUUUGUCACGCUCUGCGGGCGUUGGUCAUUCUAUCGCCAACAGGAUCACGUCCGGUCUGCUUAUGGUGACAUAUAUUCCAACUGGACGCAUUCGGCCCUGAUGCUCGAUAACAUCCUGAGACAACGACUAAAAAUCCUUUCGCAGUGCUAUUCGUCUCCCGACGAAGCCAGCGGACAGAUGAUACAUUUUGUGAACACAAUGGCGCAGAUUAGUGUCAUCUACUCUUCCACGGGCGCAGAUAUGCUGCUACGAGUAGACGAGGGAAAUCCCAUGCAGGAGGAAUACAAGUUACGCGCAAUAGCAGCUGUUGACCAGAUAAUCAAACUUGCGCAGGUGCUAACAAAGUCAUUCGUCUUCAAGAUACACCCACUUGCCGCGAUACCGCUCAUGUUGUGCGCCGACUUCCUCUUCACGAACCAGUUUGUGAGCGAAAAAUUCUCGUCGCUGCUCGAAAGGCUUUCGGAAGUCUUUGAGCAGAUCAGAGACAUUGAAGACCCCACACAAAGCUACAUUGAUGUUAUGAGACGGUGGCAGUGCAGUGCAAAAGUUGGCGGCAGGCUGCGGCGGCCUUUAGAUGACAGUGCUACUACGUGAAAUCCUAGAUGGGAUUCUCCGGAUAUGGCAGCAUUCCUAGUCAAUAGUUUCCACUUACAGUAUCUAGACCAUAUAGAGGCAGGUGAAAAUCGUAGAUGGGAUAGAUUCUCCGGAUGCAGCAGGCGUUCCUGGUCAAUAGCUGACACAUGGCAAAAGUGAGUGGGAGAAUGGAGCACUUAAACGCAUAUGCAAUUGUUCAUUUUCGGUAGUAUGAGCCGAUGCAUUGAUUCUAGGCGUAUAACUACACGAAUGCUACCUGUACACUCG